AUGGGGUUGUUCUCUGAUAACCAUCCUUAUACCUCUGUCACUGUUACCAUCGACCAGCUCUGCGAUUCUUCUGAUUCCAAGUUUGAGCCUGAGAUUCAGUUGGCUGAGCUCUUGACCUCAAUCAAAAUCCAGUCUGCCUUCGGAUCUGUAGAGGCUGCCAGAGCCAUCAGAAGAAAACUCAAGUAUGGCAGCUCUACCCAGAAGAUGAGAGCCUUGAUCUUGUUGGAGUUGUUGGUUUCCAAUGGGGGCUCGCCCUUGACUCCCUUGUACAACGAUCAGAAGCUUAUAGACCAGUUGAUCAAGAUGAUGAACUCUAGUUCAAAUACCAACUCCAGCUCCAAUACCAACAGUUUGAAUCCUAAAAUUAAAAAGAAAUUGUAUCUCUUGAGUUAUGGCUGGCACAAUGAGUUCAAAAAUGAUCCUAGCUAUAGGGGUAUAUCUUCAAUCUACAAUUAUUUGCCCAAAAAUAUCAAAAUAAAAGAUAGUUCAUCUACAAAGAAGCAGAUUCCAAAGUUUAUGGAUGAUGAGGCUGAUCUAUCUGCCACUACUCCCUUUAAUGAAGCUCUCCAAAACUCCAGUACCAACUCAUCGUCAAAUACAACAUCGAACAUAAAUUCCGAUACUUCUUACUCAAGACCUUCGUCAGCACCUCCUUCUAAAUCAUCACCUAAACCUAAAACUUUAGCUGAUUUACAAAAGCAAUUCAACAUCCCCAAGAUCAACAUUCAGAAAGAAAGACCCAAAAUUCAAAGUUUGAUAUCUGAAGCGUCAAUUUCCUCAACUUCUUUGAAAAACUCUCUAUCUUCAAUUAAUCGAAAUAAAGGCGAAUUAUCCAUAGAUAAUGAAAGAGCGACAUUAAAUUUUGAAAAAUGUAGACAAAUCAGAAGAAAAAUUUUAAGAUGGUUACAAGUUGUUGAAAAUGAUGAAGAGCUACUAGGUAGUUUGAUCAGUUGCAACGAAGAGUUGGUAGAUGCGUUACAAAAAUAUACUGAUUUUGGUUCUUUCAAUGAAAACUCAAUUGCCAAGUCAAAAUCUGUCCCAAAUGAUACUGAAUCCGAUAGCGAAAGUGAUUAU